AGAUUCUGCAGCGGCCGCAGCGAAUAUCGCAUAUCGCUGCAUAAACCAAGCGUCACUGAGAGAGGGUGAUCCCUCGAAAGGCAGAGAGAGUAAAAAAAAAAGAGGAGAUAAAAAAAAAUGGGCAGCUGAGAGCCUUGGACAGCUGACAACAAGGGAUCGGUAGGCUAUCAUUCAUAUUUCGGCUCCCAGGAGGUUCCUUCGUGUACGUGUUUCACCAGAAACCGAAAGUCCGACUCUCUGCCGACGCCUUCCGACUCCCUGGCCUCGGGAUGAGUUCGCCAAGUGCGUCUAAAAGACCGCUCUAUGUGGUCGUAAUUUGGGCGAUAUAAAUUUCUGUGGGUCUCUCGCCCAUCGGCAUCGGUGCUCCAGGCGCCGUAAUGUUUGACUGGGACGAAGGGGAUCGUUUUUCCUUCGAAGACAGCGACCGUUUUGAGGAAGACUCGCUCUGCUCGUGGAUCAGCGAGCCGGAGAGCCUGUGCAACAACUGGAGAGGCUGGAAAAGGCCGAAUGGAAACCCAUCUCACGCGUCGGCCGUUCACGGCGGUCGUUGCCGUCCCAAAGCCGAAGGAGGCCUGGUGCUGCCUCUGGUGGAGCUUGCUGCCAGGGAGGUGGCGGCGCACAUUCCCUUCGAAGUUGUCGAGCACGUGUAUCCGCCGGUUCCGGAGCAACUCCAGCUUCGUAUCGCCUUUUGGAGUUUCCCGGAGAAUGAGGAGGACAUUCGACUCUACUCCUGCUUGGCCAAUGGGAGCCCUGAGGAGUUCCAGAGGGGAGAGCAUUUGUUUAAAGCGAAGGCGACGAAAGACCUACUUCAAAUCGGCUUUCACCUCAGUGCUACGGUGCACCCACCACAGAGCCUGCCAGUGUCCAAGGGCUCCUACAACGUAGCGGUCACUUUUGAUCGCUGCCGUAUCACAUCUUGCAAUUGCACCUGCAGCAGUGCUGCCUCUUGGUGUUCCCAUGUUGUGGCUGUCUGUCUUCAUAGGAUCCAUCAGCCGAACCAGGUCUGCUUGCGAGCCCCGGUGUCGGAGUCUCUGUCAAGACUGCACAGGGACCAACUUCAGAAGUUUGCUCAGUAUCUCAUCAGCGAAUUGCCCCAGCAGAUUCUACCAACUGCUCAACGGCUGCUCGAUGAACUUCUUUCGAGUCAGCAAACCGCAAUCAACACACUGCGAGGGGCACCAGACCCAACCGCCGGAGCGUCUGCUUACGAACAAACAACGUGGUGCCUCGAUGAAGCGACGCUGCAUGAGAACAUCCGCAAGAUCCUCAUCAAGCUGUGCGUCCCCUCGCCCAUGGUGUUCAGCGACGUCAACUACCUGUCGUCUACAGCUCCCCCUGCCGCCACCGAGUGGUGCAGCCUGUUGCGUCCCCUCCGCGGCCGCGAGCCCGAGGGGAUGUGGAACCUCCUCUCCAUCGUGCGGGAGAUGUUCCGCCGCUCCGACCGGAAUGCCAUUCCGCUCCUGCAGAUCCUCACGGAGGAGGUGCUGGCGUGCGAACAGAUCCUGUGCUGGUGGUUCAACACGAAGGUGUCCCUCCACACGGGCUCAGGAGGCCACGGGGGCCGAGCGGUAGGGCACGGCAACGCCCACUCUUCGCAGCACGCCUGCAGCAGCCUCUGUGACGAGAUUGUCGUGCUCUGGAGGCUGGCCGCCCUCAACCCCGCCCUGUCUCCUCAGGACCGCCGGGACUUCUUCGUCCAGAUGGGCGAGUGGCAUGUGAAGACCCUGGAGCGCGUCUGCAAGGUGAGGGCUGGGGGAAAUGUGGCCGGCGGGGGCGGUCCAGUCAUGGGUGGUGCGAGGCGUUCGGACCUGGACGUGUUUACGGGGUUCAAGCCUUCCCUCGAGGCUUGCCUCCUUGACUGGACGGACUAUCCCAUCGAGAGCAUCACGUACGCCGAGGGAGGGGCCUGCAGGUGGUACUCGCCAUACAUGCACAUGCGGCUUCUAGAGCACGUGCCCAGAGACCAGGGGGUGGGCGGAGACGUUGCCAGCGGGAGCAACGACCACUCGGCCACGCUGUGCCGCAGAGGCAGGGCGGUGGAUGUGGGCUCUUCUCUGAGCGGGCCCUCUCACCAUCCCGACCGCAAGCCCAUUCACGUGCUUUGCACCACUGGUCAUCAUCAGGUGAACCCUCUGAUGUCUUUGGGCCACGACCUGGCGCUCUUAAACAAUGGCGGCGGUGCGAGCAAUCGCAGCUCGCUGAGCUCGGAAGGUUUCUGCGAGAACGAGGACGUCACCGGAGACUUCCUCCUGCCGGGCGUGGCUUCUGCCGUGCUAGGAGGCCUGCACGACCUUGACUCUGCCAUGUGCAGCAGCAGCACUCCCAAGGGGAGCAGUACCCUGACCCCUGCGGGGGUUGGUGAUCCCGAAGCUGCUAACGGAGAGAAGUCAUCCUCUCCCGAGGAUGCAGACUCCGACUGCUCGGGGGGGCUCAGGGACGGCGCUCAAGUGGGGCCAGAUGGGAGUGGUGGUGUCGAUGCAAAAGGCGAAGACAGGACAGCAACGGGGGAGGAGUACCACCUCUACUACUUCAGUUCUCAAGGAAAAUCUUCCAGCCCUGAAAGAAAUCGAGAUCUCAAAACUCCUGAUGAUGACUGUCUGGCCGUUCAAGUGAAGAAGAUAGAGGAUCCAUUUGAGAUCCUGUUUGCUCGUGCGGAGGCACUCCACGCCCACGGCCACACCCAGGAGGCAUCCAAGUUGGCGGUGCGCCUUGCCCACGAGCUGCUGGCGCGGCCUCCGAGCCUCGAGGUGGAGGGCCUCGCACCCGCAGCGGCGCCUUCGGGGAAGGCGACUGGGAACCGCCGGGGACGCCGUUUCAACCCUGCCUGGCACCAGGUGAGCCUGUUGGCAUCAGCAACGCUGGCCAAGGCUGCUUUCCUGUGUCAAGUCUUGGGUGAGAAUCAGGAGCAUCAUCACCUGGCGUUCAGAAUCGGACUCUUCGGACUCGAGAUGUCACGACCGCCAGCAUCCACCAAAGCUCUGGAGGUAAAGCUUGCUAACCAAGAGCAGGACCUGGUACUUCUGUUGAAGAAGAUUCCACUGGGAGACCUUGAGCUCAACGACAUCCGGGACAAAGCAGAAGCCCUGCGUGAUCACCGACUCCAGUCUCGUGGCGAUGCCUUGCUGCCUCUCAUGCUGUCCAGCUACAUCUUUGACGCCCUUGUCUUGUCCAAGAACAACACGAAGGGUGCUCCCAAUCCGGGCACUAAGCUGCCUUCGGACGAAGCCUUGGGAUUCGAAGCUGCUGUAGCUGCUUUAGGCCUGAAAGCCAAUGUUUCGGAAGCCGAACAUCCUCUGCUCUGCGAGGGCACAAGGCGCCAAAGGGGCGACCUCAGUAUCACGUUACUGGUGUUCUACAAGGAUGACCAGGAGAAGUUGGCCAAGAUCAUGGACCGCCUACUAGACAAGGAGGUGCAUCAGAUGUACAAGACUCCUCCGCCCAGCUCCUACUACAGUGCCUCUGUGCCCAAUCCGGUUGCCACGCCGGCCGCCAGUGGGUCUUCGGCAACGACAGAAGAUGCCUCCACCACGUCGUCCGCCAAGGUGGACGACGCCGCCCGUUCGGCUCCGUUGCCGGGAAACCCGUCCGGCGAGGCUGCAGUGGAUGCGGGCUUCUCAGGAGCUGCCGACAGCCUGGCCGAAGCCGGGAACGGCGUCGAGCCCGGAACACCACCCCCGAACACUCCGGGGAAUCCUCGACAGGACCACGGCGGCGGUGCCAGGGCCAAGGUGUCGCACCGGCACAACAGUGGUGAUCGCAGUGAGGGAGCCUCAAGCCCUGGCUGGGAGGAGAACUUCAAGGCCUGGGAGGCUAAGUUCCGCUGCACAAACUUCAGAACAACUAAGAAGCAUUCGGCAGGCAUGGCGAGCAUCGACAGCAGCGCUCCCGAGACGACGUCGAGCGACAACUCUCCGACGGUGGUGCGCCGAAGUGGCUGGGGCCGCCCAUGCGGGCCGGGCAGCGACAGCGGCAGCAGCGGGGAGAGCAGCGACUCUGUGGUCUCUUCCUCGUCCGGCGACAGGGCCACGGGGGCCAAGGCACGUCACACGGACAGCAUGUGCGUGCUGCCCUCAGACAGCCCCCCACCCAGCCUGUCGUCGGCAUCCCCGGCGACCUCGCGCUUCCUCGCUCCUGGGUCCUCGGGGCUGCAGGUGCCGGGAAGUGGUGCCCGGGGAGGCUCCGCCCCCCCGGCGGCCCCACCCCCGCAGAAGCCGCCUCCCCCAAGCCGCAUGAAGGGCAAGCGGGGCACCUGCCCGAGCCUGCCGAACCAGCCGAGCGAGGCGUCAGCCCACUUCAUGUUUGAGCUGGCCAAGACUGUGCUGACCAAGGCCGGUGGCAACUCGAGCACGGCGGUUUUGUUCACCCAGCCCUCGGCGAGCCAGAACCACAGGGGACCCCACAGGGCCCUGCACAUGUGCGCCUUCCAGAUCGGCCUGUACGCGCUGGGCCUGCACAAUGCUGUCUCCCCCAACUGGCUGUCCCGCACUUACUCAUCUCACGUCUCCUGGAUCACAGGGCAAGCCAUGGAGAUUGGCAGCAGCGCGCUCAUGUUCCUCAUGGACACAUGGGAAGGCCACCUGACCCCGCCCGAAGUGGCGUCUCUGGCGGACAAGGCGUCUCGAGGUCGGGACCCAACGAUGGUGCGGGCGGCCGCCCAGCUGGCCCUUUCCUGCCUCCCGCACGCACACGCCCUCAACCCCAACGAGAUCCAGAGGGCCCUGCUCCAGUGCAAGGAGCAGUCGGCCGCCGUGCUCGAGCGGGCCUGCCUGGCUGUCGAGUCGGCCGCCAAGGGAGGCGGUGUUUAUCCGGAGGUGCUCUUCGACGUUGCACGCAGAUGGUUCGAGCUGUACGAGGAGACCCACCAGGGGGGCGGGGACGCCCCGUCCCCGUCGGAGGCCGGGCCCCGCAUCAGCCCGCCCCCCGUGCUGGCGUCCUCCCUGAACCCGGGGGCCGACGGACUGCCGGAUGUGGCCGCCCCCUUCGUGGUCGAGGGGGUGGCUGCCGCACAGUCGCCCCAGCUGCCCAUGGUGCCUCCCCUGCAGUACAGCCUGCCUUACAGGGCCCCUCACUACCCUUCUUACCUGGGAGGCCUGCCGGCAUUCCACCACCCGCACCACCUGCUGGUGGCGCAACACCCGGCCUACCUGCAGGCCCCGCCCACCUACCACUACCCUCCCCUGCCGGGCCACGCCCAGUUUUAUGCGGCAGCUGCCAGCAGGCACGGGGCCCCUCCACAGGCCCCGCCCCCCGGGGCCUAUGCGCACCAGAUGAUUGGUGUGCACGUGACCCCAAUGGCGAGGGCGGUGCUGCCCAUGGCCCCACCCCCUCCUCCGGCUGCCCCGCCACCUCCUGCAGCUGCGCAGGUGGGGCAAGUGCAUCAGCUGAACCAGACGCAGCUCAACUACCUGCUGUCUGCCUACCGGGUGGGGCUGCUUGCCAUGGAGACCCUGGCCCGCCGCGUUCACGACGACCGGCCCCAGGCCAAGUACGCCCGGAACCCGCCCUACGGGGAGGAUGUCAAGUGGCUUCUAGGAGUGGCCAAGAAGCUAGGUACCUCAUAUUUGCAGGAGUUCUGCAUCUGUACAGUGAACAGCGUUGCCAGUCCAUUUGUGUUGUAUGAAAUUGUGACGGACACUGCGCACCACUUGACGCGCUCCAAUUCUGCCACGGUAUCCAUGCCAGUUCGAUCUCACGUCCUCACGCCUCUCAUUCAGAAGUGCCAGCAAAUGUUCAUUGCCUGCACCCACACCAAAAUGUACCACAUCACGCCAGCCGAGUACGACGAGUUCAUCAACAUCCUGCGUAGUGCACGAAUGGCCUUCAUGCUCACACCCGGAGGCAUGGUGCAGUUCACGGAGCUCCUGCACAGCCUCCGGCGUUCCAAGUCCUGCAAGAAGGACUUAUGGCAGCGCAUCAGCAACCUGGUGUCGACCACGCCUCCCAUCUGACGCCACCACAGCCUCCUAGGCACACACAAUUGAUUGCCCGCCUCUUCUGCACCGUUUUCUGCCGUCGCCGCUCCUUGUCGUGCCGCUUCUACUUUGGGAUUUCCGUUCAAUGCGUGCCUCGUCUGUUCCGUUGGCGUCUUUCCAUCUGCUACCGCUUGUGACAGUGUUGUGCGGGUUCAAGGAGCGUGCUGCUAGGGUCUGUGCCGAAACGGGUGUCGCCGCUGCUUGCCUCGGCUCAUCGAAACUGUGUACUCGAAAAAGAAAAAAGAAAAAAAUACUCUUUAUAAUUUAUUAUACACUGACUGCUCGUUUGUGCCCCCCGACUGGUGAACUACGGUACGGUGCUCUUCUCUGCUUGGACGGUGUACGCGGCAACCACCUCCUCUGCUGUCCUCCUCCUGCCCGAAGGACCGAACCUUGUUGCGAGGGACAAUUGUUCCGUGCUGCUCUCACUCGAUUUCGGUGGGCCUCCGACGGAAAGCUGUGCUGGUGCUGCGAGCCUUGGUGCUUGUGUAUCAAGCGCUGGGCUUGUCGAAACUGAGUUCAAGCGAGGCGCUGCGCGAAUGGGCUUUGCGCCGUUCUUUCUAUGGCUAAACACUGGUUCGUCACUCCUCUCGUGUGCUGUUCACUUUCUUCUUGUUUGUGGGUGCAUUGUGCUGUUUAGUUUGUUUUUGAAAGAGGGAGGGAGAAAGGGAGGUCGAGUGUACAUAUAUUUGAUUUUGCUCAAGAAGAAUGAGAAGCAAAACUAUUGGAAAACAGCCUGCCCCAAACGAGAACUUCCUUUUUUUUUUUUUGUACUCGUUUAUUGCUUUGUGAUGUCUUUCUUAAGCUUCAGUUGCCUUUUAAUUUUUCCGGGUGUCGAUGUGACAGACCACCCUAUCUCUUUCCUUGCCUGUUAACCUUUAUUUUAUUUGUUUCUGUACUCUUUCGUUGCUCCGUGAUGUAUUUCUUAAGUUUCAGUUGUGUUUUAGUUUUUCAUGGUGCGGACAUGACUAACCAGCCCAUCUCUUUCCUUGCCUGCCUUGUCCUUGGCAUCGAAGCGCACAUGUAGCGUGACAAGUGGUGUCCGAGGAAUGCGGCAUAAGAAGAGCGCCGUCUGCAAACAAGAAAGACUGGGAGAAAGCUGAGAGACGUGGUUGCAAAAGCUCCAGCUUUGCAAAAGAGUAGCAAACAACAGAGACUCGCCGCUGUCGUCGUCGCUCCAAGAAUGGGCAGAGACUGGCUUCUAAUUGAUCUCGUGCGGAGACCUCCUGUCGUGCACCCAUCCAGGCAGGGGCGCACCACUCGCACCCGACGCCUGUGCGCGACACAUCCUGUACACAGUUGCAUACCCACGUCGAAUCUCUGCCCUGCCUUCUGCAAGCAUGGCCCCCGUGCCACCAUCUGCCGUGGCUCAUUGGAAGGUGUUACUGCUCCGGCAACUUCCGAGGGGCGGGGCCCGGACAGUGCAAGGCUGAGAGUUUUGGAGCUAUUUUUCAUGGUACAUCAGUGCUCAAGUUGUGGUGAAGCAGAGUUUUUCCAGUGUCUGGUGGUGUUUGUUGUUUCCCCCCCUUCCCCCGUUUGUUGUUGUUUACUGUUGUGGUGACGAUGGUGGUGUUUUGAGUAUGUUGUAGCGACCAUUGCUCUUUUUUGUUUUCACAUAAUUGCCAUUAUAACUAUAUUGUCAUUAUAAACCAUGUGACCAUACAUUGCAUCCAUCAGCGCAUGUGCGUGCUACGGGAAUGGGGGCUCUUACGGCACCCUGUUCCCGGCUGUGUUUUAGUGUAAUUUGUCAUUGGAGAACGAUCGGAGAGGUGGCAGGCAGCGUAGUUGCUUGCAGUGUAAGGCUGAGUGCGGUAGAUUUACAAGCAGUUCUCCUUGCCUUUUGGUUGCAGUUUGGCUGUGCACUUGCAGAGUUCUCAGUUCAAAGUUGCAAGGUCGAACCUUACACCUGGGUGCCUGGAAUCUUCUUUUUCUGGCCAGUUGUGUUUUUGGAGUUGUAUUUCAAUCUGCUACGAACCAGGGAUAGAACAACAAUUUCCCGUUGGGGUGUAAAGGCACGAGCUACUGUUUCUUUUGAAUUAAAUCGAAUAAUUUGUGCUUGAAAAUGUGUUUGUGCAAGUAGGCUGAACUGUCUUGAUUCAUGCUUGUAGCUUUACGCACAACAACUGGUCAGAACUGGCUGCAUAUGGUUAAGAAAAGCGAUGCAUUCACGAUUCCAUCAUUGGCUUCUUGGACUACUUAAAGCUUGCUUCAAUGGGAUAUUGUGUUUUUUAAGGUUCUUCAGAAAGAACAGUUUCUAACCCGUCCACAAAGCAACCUUCCCAAUGUUCAUGAGACAUCCCACAUGUGCACGCAUAGUGCUGAAGGGGGGAAAAAAACAUACAUGCAGCAUGACUAGCAUAUUCAUUAUGACAGAGAGCUGCGGAUCUUGUAUCUGUUUGUGUGACUUUGUGAUAUUAUUUAUCGAAUUUGUUUAAGUUCUAAUGCUUCUUCCUUUUGCUACCAUUUCCAAGCAUAUUAGUGUACGUUUUAACGAUCUUGUGACUGUCACUGUCUUAGCAUUUCAUCCUAGAAUAAAUUUUUCUAUGUUACGA